CAGAGACAGAUGGAGAGGGAGGGAAAGAGGAGGAGGUUUCAAAAUGCCCAGCAGAAGAACACCAUCUUCCAACCCCACCCCUCCCUCUCCUUCACCACCACCACCUCCUCCUCCCCCUCCACCACGGCCUCCUCUUCGCUCACGUCGCAAAUCCAAGUCACCUUCAUCCCGCUCCAACCACUCAACCCCAAAACGAGUCUUGGAUUUGGACAGAAUCGGGGCCGCACAUAACCCAGAAGACAGGAGGCAAGCCCGCACAGGGUCCCGAGACCUCCGGGGCCCACAGGGUUCAGAUCUGGACAGGAAGUGGGAGGGCGUGGCCUUGGAGCUGCGUUGCCGUGGCAGCAGGAUGAGGUCGGCAGUGUAUCAGACUUCAGACUUGCCCUCCAUGGUCAAAGCCAAGAGACAGUUGGAGCAGAGUGAGAGCAAAGGGCAGAUGGACCGGAGCAAAUUGAAGGCAACCUUUGUUUGAGAAGCCUGAUGUUUAGUUGACUCACAGACUGCCUGACCUGAUGUCGUCUCUGACUCUGAUCACACUGAUGCUUUCUACGGCAGCUGUCAAGUUGACGCUCAUGAAUCAAAUGUCUCCCCAUUACAUACUUGCAACAUGCAACGAAAUGCAUCAAUAAUAUAAUAUAUAACAACAUAAACCUCUGAAAGGGACAGUGUUGCAUAAAGAGUACUUUUACUUUUAAUAAUUUAAGUAUAUUUUGCAGAUUUUUCUUAUUCUGUGCAUCCAUUUUUUAACUGCCGGACCUUCACUUGUAAUGGAAUUAUGGAUUUUGGUAUUACUACUUCUACUGAAGUAAAGGAUCUGAGUACUUCUUCCACCACUAGUAGUAAGUGUUUGUACAGGAAAUGUGAUAUGCAACAAGCUAAGCAGACAAAAGAUAGCACACAAAGGACAUGGAUAAGCUGCUCAACUGCAAAAAUUUAAUUAUUAUAAAAAAAAUAAAUUGUGGAUGGUGGUGAAACUGCUCCAGGAACACCUCAGUAAAGGCACAAAAAAUAAUGAUUAAAUCUUUGGAAAAAUAUUUUGAUUUAAUUGGCAGUGACAAAGUCAGUUUGAUUUAUAUUCAUCAGCUCACGUUUUAUAAGCUAAAUUAAAGUAGGCCUAUAUUUAUAUCUUGCAUGGAAACUGCAAAAACAGUAUCUACAACAAUUAGUAUGUGUUAAAUACUGUAUAUAAAGAGUAUGGACACUGGACACAGCAAUCCACUUCCUGAAACUUCUGCAUCAGUAUCUGUUGUUCCCUUGUAGUUGUUCUUUGGUUCUGUAUUUUGACAUAAAUCUGUAAUUUAAAGGGGUACACCAGUGA